CUUAAUUUUGAUAGUAAAUAGAUGAGUAGACUACCAGACACCCAGGAACUUAUAUUUGGCUAAUUACCAUCAUCCCAUCUCUAACCAUGGGGCUCAGUUUCUCCUCCUGGUUGAUUUAAACGGAAAAUAUCAAAACUCUUCAUGUAAAUCCAACCACACGUUUUUAACGCGGCUCUGGUAUGAACUAAAACAACUCUCGCUUUGAAAGAAGGAUGGAAAAUUCAAAGAAACCCCAGGAGGAGAGGGAAUACGCUCUGAAAGCCUUGGACGGGAGGGAACAGACCGAGUCCUCGGCGGAAGCUGAGCCGCAGAGACCCACAUGGAGCCGCCGGCUGGAGUUCAUCCUCUCCUCGGUGGGCUACGCGGUGGGGCUGGGCAACGUGUGGAGGUUUCCCUACCUGUGCUACCGCAGCGGUGGAGGUGCCUUUAUGGUCCCUUAUCUCAUCAUGCUGGUCCUGUGCGGUCUUCCUCUGCUCUUCAUGGAGUUCGCUAUCGGACAGUACACUCGUAUAGGACCUGUGCACGCUUUCGCCAAAAUUUGUCCUCUGUUAAAAGGUGUUGGUCUGGCCACAGUUGUUAUCUCCUUUGUGUAUUCUACAUAUUACAAUGUGCUCAUGAGCUGGGCGCUCUACUAUUUGUUCAACACCUUUGGAGCGACCCUGCCCUGGACCUCCUGCAACAACACCUGGAAUGUCGUCGCCAAUUGUUCCAGUGGUUUCCCCGGCAACGCCACCCACCUGCAGUCCGCCAGCCAGCAGUUCUUUGAUCACAGGCUUCUGGAGAAAACCAGUGGCAUUGAAGAAGUUGGUGGUAUUCGAUGGGAACUCUUCGGUUGUCUGGUUCUGUCCUGGGUCAUCGUGUAUUUAUGCAUUUUCAAAGGAGUCAAAUCCACUGGAAAGGUUGUGUAUUUCACCGCCGUGUUUCCGUACUUCAUCCUGUUCGCCCUGUUCAUCAAUAACGUGAGACUUCCUGGAGCAAAGAACGGCAUCCUCUACUUUGUGACGCCUGUGUGGGGCAAACUGUUUGAAGUGAAGGUGUGGGUUAAUGCUGCUGCUCAGAUCUUUAACUCCAUAGGGAUAGCGUUUGGCUCCCAGAUCUCUAUGGCGAGUUAUAACAAAUUCAACAACAACAUCCUCAGGGAUGCUCUGAUUGUAGCGUGUACCAACUCAUUCACCAGUAUCCUGGCUGGCUUUGUCAUCUUCUCUGCUAUUGGCUACAUGGCUCACAUUCAUAACCUCCCAGUGGACAACAUAGCUACAGAUGGUCCUGGUCUGGUGUUUGUUGUGUACCCUGAAGUUCUCGCCACCAUGCCGGUCUUUCAGCUGUGGUCUCCUCUCUUCUUCUUCAUGCUGCUCUGUCUGGGUCUGGACAGCCAGUUUGCCACAGUCGAAGUGGGAGUGACGUUCAUUAAAGACGAGUUCGGUCCAAGCAUCCUGCGCUACCUUGAGAGAGAAGAGCUGGUGACGCUGGCUGUGUGCAUGGUCGGCUUUAUACUCGGGAUUCCUCACGUCACAAGGGCAGGGAUCUUUGUGUUUCAGCUGAUGGAUCACUACACUGCUGUGGUGUCCCUCGUCUUCCUGGCUCUCUUUGAAGUCAUCGCCGUCUGCUGGAUCUUUGGUGUCCCAAAAAUCUCCUUAAUGGUGAAGAGGAUGAUGGGAAAAGGUCCAAACAUCUAUUUUCGUGUUUGCUGGCUGCUCCUCUGUCCCUUGUUGGUGCUGUGUAUUCUGACCUCCAGCAUUGCCCAGUUCACUCCAGCUCGCUACGGGACGUACACGUACCCGGUGUGGGCAGAAUGUGUGGGCUGGUUCGUCUCACUGGUCUCCAUCGUGUGGAUCCCGAUCGGAGCCAUCCAGGAGAUCUUAAAAAACAAAGGAUCAUUUCUUCAAAGACUUAAAACAGCGAUGACGUCCACCAUAGACCUCGAUGCUGAAGAUUAUCUAACAGAAAAACAAAACCACAACAACGCAACGUCUGAGACGUCAUUCAUUCAAAAGCAAGAAAUGGACCAGAGCUGAAGAUAACACGCCCUCUAGUGGAGGUUUUAAUGGCGUGUAUUUGUUUUUUGUUCAGUUAGUAUCCUGUAGACUAAACCGGUAAAGGCCUUGUUUUUCUAAGAGGCAUUGCAGACAGAAUCGGCCUCUUUUUCAUCUCACAAUGCUUUGUAGUUUUCUGUUGUGAAUGCAGGGACUAUAAACGCAGUGUUACGGCCGUGGUCAGAUUGUGUUUUGUUAAUGACAGGGUGUCAGCCAUUAUAUUCAUAUGCAGUUAGAAAAAAAGUCAAAUUAUUAUGUAAGUUCUUGACUAAUUUACUUUUGCAUCUCUUAUGGUUGGUUAUGGUUGUUGUUGAUCAUCAUUGAUGAUCUGAAAAAAAAUCUGUAACCUGCUAUUUCCACAUAUAGCAGCUGCACCGAUCCACUGGCAAAUCAUACUGCGGAGCAAAUCACUCCCUUUCUAGUCUAUCAGAGCUUUUCCACUGCCCGUGCUCCAGUCCGGCACUGGUAUGUCCCUGAAUUGCCACUAUGCUGCGCUUCAUUUGAGCUACGCUGCAGGUCUAAUUUCAGCACCAGCUGCUGCAAAGCUGCAUCAAUGCCAGUCGAUCAGAAAGCUCCAAACAAGUGUGGAGUAUGAGUUCUUUCAAAACACGACACAAUACUCAGACUCCCGAUUGUAAAUCAUCACCAUAUCAAGUUUAUGUCUCAUCCUGCAGCGAGAGCGAAGAGUCACUGGGACAUCAGAGGGUCACAGAGCUACAACGGUGCCACUGAUGAGGAAAAGUUAGUUUUUGAGGACAUUUAGCAAAAUAAUUUUACAUAAAACCACAGAUAAUUUCAGCAAAACUUAACCUUUUAACUUUCUAACUGUUUCUUUCUAGCUGUUCUGUAUGGUGAUAAGAGCUUAGCUCAAUGCAAGGCUGUUAACAAAAACAGGAGCAUGUUGUUUGGGAUUUUUCUCCAAACUGGGAGCCAUUGUAAGGAUGCUCAUAGUUGUAAUGCGUUCUCUUUUUAUCUACAAAGGAGUCAUGCCACAGCAUUUUUAACAAGUUGUGUGAGGUGAAUGGAGGACUGAUUAAAACUAAAAUAUGAAAGCAGCAAUAAUUUUAUCAAAAAGAAGACAUUAUUUCCCUUUUAUUGUUCUAGAUAUGUUGCUGACAUGACAAAUCCCAAAAAGUAAAACAAAUACACUCUUACCCUUUAUCCCAGUUAUGAGUCUAGCUAAAACAACAGAGCUAUCUCUGAACAUCCUGUUUUUAGGCCAGAAGCCUCAGCAUAAACUUAGAAAUGUUUAACUUUACGUUGAGUGUGUGCUGUCUGAAUGUAUCUGACCUUUGACAGAGCAGACAUGUAAGAGGUUCAGAAUCCUAAAACUGACAAAGAGAAUCAGACUAAACACAUUUCACUCAAUACAAACCCUUUUCUACUACAAAGACCAGGGCUACUUUGGCUUUAAUUGAAAAGAGAGCUUUUCCUUUAAACGUGGCAAAAGUCUGAAUUUACUGAAGAAUGUAAGAAAGCUAUUUAAAGGGUUAUUUCUAUAUUUUUUAAUUUGAGUUGUAUAAUGUACUUGGCCAUAGUAGUGCCAUCAGGCUCCCUGUUUCAGUGAUUUCAGUGGAGGCUAAGGCUUGACAGCUUCAGCCAUUUUCAAAACAUUGUAUUUUUUACCCAGAAAGCCUCUGUGUUUGGCGCCAUUUUGCAGGAAACAACAAGUAACUUAGCUUAAAGAGGACAUAUUUCACCCCUUUAAGACGAGUUUAUAUUGGCAAACAUUGGUGGAAAAAAAGUGAUAAAAACAGGUUAAAAUUUAGCAAAAUUGGUGUAAAGAGGAUACUGUGUAAUAUAAAAAAUAUUCUUAGUUUCUUUAAGGCAUCU